GUUCUAGGGCCGCGCGCGCCGCCGGGCCGCGCACGCGCCCCGCUCCCGCUUAAAUAGCGGCGGGGGAGGCCGCAGUCGGUCUCACUCACCGCAGCUGGUUCGUGCUUGCUGUUUCUUGCUGUGUUCUCUGCUCCGCUCCCGGCGGCCACCACCUCUGUAGAUCGCAAUGGAAGAAGAGAUCGCCGCGCUGGUCAUCGACAAUGGAUCUGGCAUGUGCAAAGCCGGUUUCGCAGGGGACGAUGCCCCCCGUGCCGUGUUCCCAUCCAUUGUGGGGCGCCCACGGCACCAGGGUGUCAUGGUGGGCAUGGGCCAGAAGGACAGCUACGUGGGUGACGAGGCCCAGAGCAAGCGCGGCAUCCUGACCCUCAAGUACCCCAUCGAGCACGGCAUCGUCACCAAUUGGGACGAUAUGGAGAAAAUCUGGCAUCACACCUUCUACAACGAGCUGCGCGUGGCCCCUGAGGAGCACCCUGUGCUGCUGACCGAGGCCCCCCUGAAUCCCAAGGCCAACCGGGAGAAGAUGACUCAGAUCAUGUUUGAGACCUUCAACACCCCGGCAAUGUACGUGGCCAUCCAGGCGGUGCUGUCCCUAUACGCUUCCGGUCGCACCACCGGGAUCGUCAUGGACUCUGGGGAUGGUGUCACCCACACCGUGCCCAUCUACGAGGGCUACGCCCUGCCGCACGCCAUCCUGCGUCUGGACCUGGCUGGCCGGGACCUGACCGACUACCUCAUGAAGAUCCUCACUGAGCGCGGCUACAGCUUCACCACCACAGCCGAGAGAGAGAUAGUACGUGACAUCAAAGAGAAACUGUGCUAUGUCGCCCUGGACUUCGAGCAGGAGAUGGCUACCGCAGCGUCCUCCUCCUCCCUAGAGAAGAGCUACGAGCUGCCCGACGGUCAGGUCAUCACCAUUGGCAACGAGCGCUUUCGGUGUCCAGAGGCGCUCUUCCAGCCCUCCUUCCUGGGUAUGGAGUCUUGCGGCAUCCAUGAGACUACCUUCAACUCCAUCAUGAAGUGUGAUGUCGACAUCAGGAAGGAUCUGUAUGCUAACACCGUGCUGUCUGGUGGCACUACCAUGUAUCCAGGCAUCGCAGACAGGAUGCAGAAGGAGAUCACCGCCCUGGCCCCCAGCACGAUGAAGAUCAAGAUCAUCGCACCUCCUGAGCGCAAGUACUCCGUCUGGAUUGGUGGCUCCAUCCUGGCCUCUCUGUCCACCUUCCAGCAGAUGUGGAUCAGCAAGCAGGAGUAUGACGAGUCGGGCCCAUCCAUUGUCCACCGCAAAUGCUUCUAAAUGGACUGCAAGCAGAUGCGUAGCAUUUGCUGCAUGAGUGGCUCCAGUAUAAAUUUGCCUUGGCAAAUGUAUACACCUCAUGCUAGCCUCACAAAACUGGAAUACGCCUUUGAAAAGAAAUUUGUCCUUGAAGCUUGUACUGACAUCAGCACUGGAUUGUAGAAUUUGUUGCUGAUUUUAUCUUGUAUUCAAGUUAACUGUUCCCUUGGUAUAUGUUUAAUACCCUGUACAUAUCUUCGGUUUAACCCUAGUCCGUGCGGCUCAGUCAUUCUGUGACUGAGACCAGGUGUGUGGACGAGAACCCCAUUGGCUCCAUUGGAGAGAAUCUGUGAGGCCAGUUCCUUGGUCUGUGCAGGGUAUUAAUGUGAAGCUUCCUGAUUAGGAUUUCUCCAGAGGCUGGCAUUUCUGUCUUGCCUAUCUGCCAGGAUGGGGAGGUCUUCAAUUGUAGGGCCCCCCCCCCCCAUAACUCUCCCUCUUUAGCCAGUUUUCCUGCCAGAACACCUUGACUUGGAAAACAGUUUGCAUUCACACCUGUAAAUUUAUUCAUCCUUUUAAUUUAUGUAAGGUUUUGUUUUGUAUGCAAUUCUCAAUUCUUUUAAGAUGACAAAUUUUGGUUUUCUACUGUCAUUUGAAAACGUUAGACCCAGCAACUCAUGUUGUGUGAGAGAAUAAAGUGCUGCAGUAAACUGAACAAA